AGCGUCGCCGGGACGGCACACGGUUAAGCUGGACUCCGUCUGCACCCUGGCUGCCCCCGCUGUUCCCUCCCAGACUCCUCAGGGCCUGAGCCAUGGGCCGAGCCUGGCUGGGGCGGGGAAGGCGGGCUUUCCGCCUUCUGCAGAGGAGUUUGCUGCUGCUCAAGCUCACGGCUGUCGUCGCGGCUGGGCUGCUGUUCUGCGAAUUCUUGAUCUACUACUUAGUGAUCUUCCGGUGUCGCUGGCCGGAGGUGGAGGCACCUGGCCAGGGCCAAGAGCCCCCACCCGUGCUGAGAGCCAUGUUCCUGGCCGACACCCACCUGCUCGGGGAAGUACAGGGCCACUGGCUGGACAGGCUGCGGAGGGAAUGGCAGAUGGAGAGAGCCUUCCAGACGGCCCUGUGGUUGCUGCAGCCUGAAGUCGUUUUUAUCCUGGGCGACAUCUUUGACGAGGGGAAGUGGAGCUCACCACAGGCCUGGGCAGAUGAUGUUCGGAGGUUCCAGAAGGUGUUCAGACACCCAGCUCACGUGCAGCUAAAGGUGGUUGCCGGCAACCACGACAUCGGAUUCCAUUACUGGAUGAGCAGUUACAAAGUAAAGCGAUUUGAGAAAGCCUUCGGCUCGGAGAGGCUGUUUUCUUGGAAAGGAGUGAACUUCGUGAUGGUCAACAGUGUGGCCAUGGAGGGUGACGGCUGUAACAUCUGCGCCGCUGCCGAGGCUGAGCUCCUGGAGGUUUCACGCCGGCUGAACUGCUCUCGGGAGGUGCCAGGCUCUGGGCUGUGUGGAGUGGGGCAGUGGCUGCCCCCGUCGGCCCCUGUCCUGCUGCAGCAUUACCCACUGUACCGUGCCAGUGACGCCAACUGCUCUGGGCCAGAUGCGGCUCCCCCGGAGGAGAGGACCGUCCCCUUCAGGGAGAGAUAUGACGCGCUGUCCCAGGAGGCCUCGCAGAAGCUGCUGUGGUGGCUGCAGCCACGCCUGGUGCUGAGCGGCCACACGCACAGUGCCUGUGAGGUGCUGCACGGUGUGGGGACCCCCGAGCUCAGUGUGCCGUCCUUCAGCUGGAGGAACAGGAACAACCCCAGCUUUGUCAUGGCCAGCCUGACGUCCCAGGACUUCGCCCUCUCCAAGUGCUUCCUCCCGCGGGAGGACACCGUCCUGGCCACCUACUGCGGGGUGGCGGGGCUGCUGGCCGUCCUCCUCCUGGCUCCCGGGGAGCGGCUGGCCUCGCUCUUCCUUUCUGGCUGGAACACGCUCAGGACGCACAGGGCCUGGUGAGGCGGGCAGCAGCUGUGCUUCACGAGGGACAUCGAGGCCCAGACACUGCUUCCCAAGUCCUCGGAGAGCAACGUGCAGGCCCGUGUCAUGGGAACCCAGCGUUGCGGUGGCGAGACUGCAGAGGGCACAGUUGGCUGCGCUGUUCUCAGGCUAUAAAAAUGGAACACGGACUCUACAUACAUCUCUUCUCCUGUGUCUAUCGAACAUAUGGAGGGUCAGGCUGCGUCUGUAUGAGGUGUGAAGCUGCUCACCGUCGUCUGCACGCAGGAGGCGGCCGGAGCGCCGGGCCUGCAGGGACACUGCUCUUCCGGCUUUGUACCUUUGGGCUAAACUGCUGGGCUCAGGUUCUACGUAAGUGUAAUUCUCCGGGAGACUGGGGUGUUAGACCGGGUCUCAGCCGUCAAAGACCAAAACUUGGAAGAAUGGACAUCGGCUAGGGCUCCUAGUACUUAAAAAUAAGUGGUGCAGUAAUUUAAAGUCAGAUAAGCUGUAUUGUUUUCUCCCUUAUGGGUCUAGCUCUUAUUUUCAUUGUUUUUUUUAUUCAUCUUUGGCGGUGCUGGGGACGGAGCACAGGCCUCAAGUGUGCUGAGAGACCAGGGCUGCCGCGCUGUACCCCGCCUGGUGCUGGUCCUUGAGUCGGGGGACAGAGGUGCAUGGCAUCUUUGAACAUUUCUUCUUUUGGUGGAGGUACAUUUUAGUUUUCUUCCAGUUCUGCUUUGAAAGAGCCAGAAGUGGGAGUCACUUCCAUUCCCUGUCCCAGGCCAACUAAGAGGAGUCCAGUGCCAUGGUGGGAGGCUGCGGCCCAGGGACGGGACGGGGUCAGCGUGGCUGGCCUGCCUGGAGAAGUGACAUGUAAAUCUGGGCGAGCUCGGAGAGGACUAGGACGUGCUGGUUUCACAGAUGGCUCAGGCCAAGCAGGCGCCGUCUGCCCAGGACCACGCAGCUGGCCUAGGUCUCUGGGAUUCUUGAGGCUGCAUCUGUGAAUCUUGCAGGAGUGAGAAAUAGCCGGGUUUCUCUUUGUAUUUCAGAUAGGGUUUUGUGGGUCUGGGGACGCUGCUCAGGGUGGAGCACUUGCCUGGCAUGCAUGAGGCUCUGGGUUCCACCCCAGCACCUCAGCACAGCCAGGAAGGUUUCGUAAGGUUUCAUCUUGAGAAGACAGUGGAGAGGCCCUUUCCCCUCCUGGGCAUCGCGAAGGGCGACAGCCCUGCGCUCCCGCGGAGCACUCGUGCGGAUGGUGGAGUCUGUGUGCAGCUCCGAUGGAGCGGCCGCUGGCCUGUGCCUGCCCGGGAGCAGAUGGGGCUGGAACCCGCACAGUGACCCAGGGCAGUGGAGCCUGCGGAGAAGGCCCCUGGCCCCCGGGGUCGGAGCUUGGGAUUCUGCAGGGAGGCUUGGAGGACAGAGCAGGGGCUGCGACCAUGUGGUGAUGGUUAACACAUGUCAGUUACGUAUAUUUUUUAAAAAAAUCAAGAAGUAUUUUAUAAAGUAUCAGCCGGAUAAAAAUGUCCCACCACCUAGGAAUGCUGUUUGUUCCCCUUUUGGGAGCAAGCAGCAGGUCGCGUCAGCACGAAGCUCUCAGCACUACAACAGAUUUCUUUCACAGGUAUAGCUACCAUCAAGGCACAAAAAUCAACGAGGAUUUUUGUUCAGUAGUGAUACAAAAUUUUGUGGUCUGUACAGUAUAAUGAACCAGUGAUAAACCAACAACAAAAAGAAUAUGGGAGGAGACCGCAUCCAAGCAUCGGGAAGGCAUAGGGUUGUUUUAGACAGGACACGUUUUCCAGGAGAACGUGGUGGCUUUCUGCCCAACUCGGAGGCCCCCAGAGGAGGGCGCUUUCCACCCGUCACUGCGCCCUGGCCAGUGGUGAUGGGGGCAGUCACUGGUCAGCCUGUGGCUUUGUGAUGGGAAACCAGAAGGGCCACGUGUUUCCCCUAGCCACUGAGUUCUCCAAGAUGAAUCAGUCACAAACCAGCAAGUCAGGGAUCCCGAGGGCGAGAUCCUGCCACGGAGCCACCCCAGAGCUUUGCUCUGCAGUGGCAGGGACUGGGUGGAAGAGCGGGGACGGCUGUGUUGAGUGGAAACAAAGCUACAGAACCAAACCUGGGGGACAGAGGUAGCCGGAGGCUUGGUGGUCACACACGGUUGCACUGGGGACAGGACAGACGGCAGCCAGUGACACUAGACACUACGUCCUACCACGACUGGGGCAGACGGAUCUCAGUCCCGCGGACGCCCACCUCGGGGACUGGGUUCGGUGGGUGGGGCGGCGCUGCCCUCACAAGAGCUCGUACUGCUUGAGGUGCAUGCGCUGGAUGAUGUCGCGACAGUCGUUGAAGACGCGGCGGAUGUUCUCUGUGUCCACGGCGCAGGUGAAGUGGGGGUAGCAGUAGUGCUUGCCGUCACCAGUGGCCGUGCUGAUCCUC